AUGAAGUUUCGAAACAGGCAUUCACCUCUGCUGCUCCUAUUGCUGCCCUCACUAGCUGUCGGCUUGUCGCCAAGGGCAGUCGCCGCAACCAAGGAUGACAACUCCAAGUCCAUCUCUUCCUCCUCCUACUCCUCCUCGCGUGACGCCGACGAUGCUACCGCUGCCAAAGUACCAACCGGCGGCAGACAUGUGAAGCCUGCCAGGGAUGCUCCCGUGGACGGCAAGGAUGGAAAGCCUCAUCUUGGGCCAUUUGUCGACACCGAUGGUAUUGCCGUCGAUGCAAAUGGCCAGAAGCUACCCCCCUUAAAGGGUCGGCCUGAUGACCCGACCUUGGUCGAUGGCCAAAAGAUACCCAAGACGAAUGACGGUGUCAUGUUUGACAAGAACCGCGACCGACCUGAGAAGGGGAUUUCCACAGGCACCGAAGGCGGCGUCUCUGAGAAGUCAAAGGCACGCAAGGAAAGGGAGGGAAAGACGGGCGAAAAGGUCCUCACACAGCCUGAAGCCCCCAAAGAGCAACCACCAAUGCCACAUAGCGAGGAGCGAAAAUUGCGAGGGGGCAAGGAUGAGAGUAUUGAUGGUUCAAAAUCGUCAUCACACAAGGAACCCGGGAAAACGGACUACACAGGUCUCGAUAAGCCCGGUGACCUCCCCGAUACUCCAGACAAAUCCAAAUCAUCCUCAUCCUCAUCCUCCACAAAGGAUUCGCUCGAGCCCCCUCCACCGAAGUCGAAGAGCACAUCCAAAUCCAAAACCCCGAUUCCCAUUGAAGAUAAAGACGACGGCAUUAUCCAGCCGUUCCACUCAUGGCUGCUGUCAUUUACUAUGAUUCUUGUUUCCGAAAUCGGUGACAAGACUUUCCUCGUUGCUGCGUUGAUGGCCAUGAAACACGAUAGGAUGGUGGUUUUUUCGGCUGCUUUUGGCGCCCUGCUUGUCAUGACAGUGCUAUCCGCAGUUCUGGGACAUGCCGUCCCUACCUUGAUUCCCAAACGCCUCACCAGCUUCCUGGCUGCCGGCCUCUUCUUCGUUUUCGGGGCUAAAAUGCUUAAUGAGGGCAUGAAGAUGGACCCCAACGAGGGUGUUUCUGCCGAGAUGCAUGAGGUGGAACAAGAGCUCGCAGAGAAAGAAAAGGAAAUGGGCCGUGGCCAAAAUGGAGUGUCCGCUUAUUCCCUGGAAAUGGGCCUGGGUGGUAGGAAUUCCCGGUCUAAGAACCGCUUUCCUUCACCUCCUCGAUCGCCCUCACAGUCACCAUCUCGUAGCCCUUCCCGGCGUUCCGGUUCCAUGAGUGGCUUCAUCCAAGGAGUUGGCAACCUGUGCUCUCUGCUUCUGAGUCCAGCCUGGGUGCAAACCUUUGCGAUGACGUUUUUAGGUGAAUGGGGCGACCGCAGUCAAAUUGCAACUAUCGCGAUGGCUGCCGGCCAGGACUAUUGGUGGGUGACCUUGGGGGCCACCUGCGGACAUGCCAUUUGCACUGGUGUAGCUGUUAUUGGCGGCCGAGCCAUUGCCGGACGAGUCAGCCUGAAGAUGGUGACUGUUGGAGGAGCUGUGGCCUUCCUUGUUUUCGGUUUCAUUUAUUUCCUCGAGGCGCUCUACGCAUAG